UCUGAGUUUAAGUGAUAAAAAAUUUCGACAAUGCCUGCUGAGGAAGACACAUUGAAACCAGUAUCCUUACCAAGUCUUCUCGACUUUGACUGGAGAAUCGAUGUUGUGUCGGCUUCUGAUCAAGUUAAUCGAAUGUCGCUACCCACGUGUCUUCUACAAUUUAAGGUUGCUGAUUAUGGAAAUUGUAAAAAAUCGACAGAGGAAGUGAAACCACGGAAUGUUACUGUAGAACUGUCUAAGGAAACUUUAGAUACGAUGUUGGAUGGGUUAGGGAAGAUCCGAGAUCAGCUAAAUUCUGUUGUUUCGAAAUAACUAUUUAGUGUGACAACGCAAUAAAAAAAUGUUCGUUGGUUAAGCAUGACUAUCCAAGGUCACGCGUGAAUAAAUGAAAAAUAAAAUAGUAUUUUCCAGUGUACCAAUUUUAUUGCCUGUAACGUAAUUUUUUUUUUAUUUUAUUUUAUUUUUUUUUUGGGAGGGGGGGGGGGGUAAAGGGGGAGGAAAGAGAAAAAAUAUUUUUGUUUAGUCCUUUUAGCAAGUCUUUGUCACGCCUUUGUUUGACUCUAAAAUCUUUUUCCUUUGUGUUUUUAUUUUAAAUUUUGUAUUUUGUAAACUGUGCAUUUUCUAUCUGCAUUAAAUAUAGGAAUCGUUUUUUUUUUAAUUUUUUUAUAAAUGUUUAUAAACUUACAUAUCGUAUCAAAAUGUGUCACAAUGUCAGGUACAGAAUUUUUAUUACAGCUUCACUGUAAUUCAUUUGUGAGAAAAUUAUAAAAUUCGCGGGUCGCCCCUAGAUUUUACCGGAGUUAUAUAUUCGUUAAUUUGAUUCUUUUUGUUCGAAGAACUUUUGUAUAUAAAAUAUCAAAGAAUAUAAGAAUAUUUUCAGAAGUAAAUAAAUCAGUCAUGUGUUCACUA